UAGCUUAUCAUAUGCAGAUGCGUUGCGCCUUAUUUCCACGCCACCAAUGACGAAUUCUCCGACGUUUGCAAUACAAAUUUCUUCCUUCUUCUCCAUGCAAUAUAUCAUUAACCCAACAUCCUAAAUGAAUAAGGAAAUCCCUGUAAUAAUUAACCCAAGUAAUAGUAUAGCUCCAUUUCUUCUAGUUUCCUUUCUGCCGCAAAACCCAUACAAAAUUUACCAUUUUCACUCCAAUUUUCGAAUAUUUGAUAGUAGGUUCAACAGGGCAAGGCCUGGCUUCAUGGAUUGGAGCAGUAACGGCAACAAGAAAAGCGGAAUUAGAACAAAACGUAAAUAACUUGGUAAAAGAGGAGUCUGCAGGCAGGAAACGGCACAAGAAAAUGUCAAAAUCCCAAAUUUCGGAUGAGAAUUUAGGGUUUGGAGAGAGGUCUUUUUCCGCUGCCGGAGCCGCCUUCCUCUCCGCCAUCAUCGUGAACCCUCUUGAUGUUGUCAAGACUAGAUUGCAAGCUCAGGCUGCUGGUGUCCCUUACGAUGGUCUAUGUCAAACAGCAUGCUUCAAUACCAAUGCGAUGCUGCCAGAUAUGAAAUAUGAUUCAUUAUUGAAUCAUGCAGUCGUUGGAAAGCAACCGAGAUGCUCGCCUGAUUGUUCCCGUUACAAGGGAACAUUGGAUGUAUUGUACAAAGUUGUAAGCCAGGAAGGAUUUACAAAACUGUGGAGAGGAACUAAUGCUAGUUUAGCUCUGGCAAUCCCUUCUGUGGGCAUCUAUAUGCCACUUUAUGAUAUUUUUCGCAACCACAUGGAAGUUCUUACUAGGCAAGAUUUCCCGAACUUGACACCAUAUGUUCCCCUAGUUGCUGGCUCGUUAGCACGCUCAAUAGCUUGUGUCACUUGUUACCCUAUUGAGCUUGCAAGAACGCGCAUGCAGGCGUUCAAACAUAGCCAAGCUGGUGUGAAGCCCCCAGGUGUUUGGAAUACUUUGAACGGAGUUGUCUCACCCAUGCAGAAUGCAAAUAAUCAUCAAUCUUUAGUACAAAGAUACCGCAUCUUAUGGACUGGCCUUGGAGCACAACUUGCCCGUGAUGUUCCUUUCUCUGCUAUUUGCUGGUCAUCUCUUGAGCCGCUCAGAAGACGAAUUUUGAGCAGGAUAGGAGACGAAGCUAGUGUGUCCAGCGUCCUUGGAGCAAACUUUUGUGCUGGUGUUGUAGCAGGAAGUCUUGCAGCUGCUGCCACGUGCCCUUUUGAUGUUGCAAGGACCCGGCGGCAGAUUGAGAAAGACCGCAUGCGGGCAUUGACAAUGACCACGAGACAAACAUUGAUUGAGAUCUGGAGGGAUGGUGGUUUGAAGGGACUAUUUACUGGACUAGGUCCACGAGUUUCUCGAGCCGGUCCUUCGGUCGGGAUUGUGGUUUCCUUUUAUGAGGUUGUCAAAUAUUCAUUGCAGUACAGAAAAUCAAAGGUGUAAAGUAGAGAUUCUCUCUUAUACACUAUGAAAAUUCUCUUUCCAGGUCUGUUGGCAUAAGUAGGGAACUUGGAGAAAAAAAUUAAAAAAGUGCAAUAGAAUAAUAAAAGAGCAAAUGUACAGGUUUGCUGUUACAUUUAUUUGGAGGAUAAAGUAUGUUUAUAAUGAUUUUUGGUUUAAAGAGACUGACUUUGGACAAAAUUCUUUUUAGGCAGUUCUUUAGAGUUUGUGAGAAGAGAAACAACUAAAUUUUGAAAAAAUUGUUUGGAAUCGUGAUGGAAAAGUAGUACGUUUUUUA